UUCAGCAAAUAUUUGUUCAUCAGCAACAUGGGUGGUGAACUCUCUGGCAAUGGAGAGGCACAAAUAUUGCCAGAUUCUGCUCGAAAACAAGGCGGUUGGACGGCUUUCCCCUUCAUUGCUGGGACCCUGAUGGGAUCGAGCAUAGCUCUAUCAGGAUGGGCAAACAACUUAAUUGUGUAUAUGAUAGAAAAAUUCCAUGUGAGGAGCAUUGAUGCUACUCAGACUUUUAACAUUGCAGCUGCGUCCACUAGUCUACUUCCAGUAAUUGGAGCAAUUCUUGCUGAUUCCCUUUUAGGAUGCUAUUCUGUCAUCUGGAUGUCUUCUCUUGUCUCUAUCCUGGGGAUUCUCGUUAUAGCCUUAACUGCCAUGCUUGACCCUUUAAGGCCUCAACCAUGUCAAAUUGGAUCAAGCAUUUGCCAAACCCCAUCAAAAGUCCAAUUUUCGGUCCUUUAUUCAGGCAUAGCACUAGCCUGUAUAGGGGUGGCAGGCACUCGCUUCACCAUUGCAGCUAUGGGAGCUAAUCAAUUUGAUAAUUCCAAGGAUCAAAGGAUUUUCUUCAAUUGGUUUGCUGUCACUUUGUAUACCUCUAUGGUAUUAGGUGCUACAGUAAUUGUUUAUGUUGAGGAAAAUAUAAGUUGGGCAUUAGGAUACAGCCUAUGUGUUGCAGUCAACGUUAUUGGAUUAGCCAUUCUAUUGUUAGGAAGACGUUAUUAUCGAAAUGUGAAACCUCAGGGGAGUCCUUUCACAAGAUUAGCUCAAGUCGUCAUUGCAACCAUUCUCAAGAGGAAGGUUCCUCUUUCAUCCCGAGCUGAAGAUUACUACCAUCAGAAAGAUGGACCAACGGAGAACAGAGCUUCAAUGCCAACUAAAACCUUCCGGUUUUUAAACCAUGCCGCAUUGGAAACUGAAGGAGACACCAAGGUGGAUGGAUCAAUUGCAAAAUCAUGGAGGUUGUGCUCAGUACAACAAGUUGAGGAUCUUAAAAGUCUAUUAAGAAUUUUCCCGUUGCUAUCAAGUAGUAUUUUGUUGUGCAUCACACUACCGGUUGUAAGUUCCUUGACAAUCCUCCAAGCUCUAACCGUGGAUCGCCAUCUUGGGCCAAAUUUAAAAGUCCCAGCAGGGUCUAUGAUAGUAUUCAUACUAACCUCAACUGCCAUCAAUCUCACUCUCAUCGACCGAUUCCUUUUUCCCCUGUGGCAGAAGAUAACUCGCAGAUCACCAAUGCCGCUCCAACGAAUAGGACUUGGCCACUUGUUUAACAUGACAGGGAUGGCUGUUGCUUCCCUCGUUGAAUCAAAAAGGUUAAAAUUAGCUCAAAUCCACCAUCUUUCAGACCAGCCAGGGUCCACUGUUCCUAUGUUUGUCCUGUGGUUGGUGCCACAGUUAGUGUUGGUUGGACUUGGAGAAGCAUUCCAUUAUCCAGGACAAGUCACACUGUACUAUCAAGAAUUUCCAAAGCCACUGAGAAGCACAGCAACUGCAAUGAUUUCAGUAGUGGUGGGAAUCGCCUACUAUUUUAGCACUGCCGUGAUUGAUCUAGUUCGCAGGGUUACUACAUGGUUACCGGACAAUAUAAACAAAGGAAGGCUAGGGAAUGUCUAUUUGAUGUUUGCAAUGAUGCAAAUGUUCAACUUUUUUUAUUUUCUAUUCUGUGCCAAGUGUUACAAGUAUCAGAGUGUGGAGGAAGGGAGUAAAAUUAAUAAUGAGAGUUCUAACGCAGAGAUAUGAUGCUGAAGUUGAAGGAACUUAGAACAUAGUCAUGGUGUAAGCCUAUAUCAUCCUCUCCCUAUUUCAAGAACAAGAUUUGUUGGAAUUCGAGAAGCAUUUCAACUUUUUUCUGGGACAUCGAACCAUAAAGGAUGGGAAUGACCAUUCACAGCUUUUAAAAGCAAUGAUGAUGGAGAAGAAUAUGCAAUUAGAUGCAAUUAAAAAUGUGUAAUGAUAAUCAUAUCCAAAUAUACAGAAAGCAUUUCAUUUCGAAAGUCAAACUGCAUUGAUAUAUAUCACUAUUUUCCUGUUUCUUUUUGUACA